CAAUAAGGCAAAGGCGACAGGCUGCCGUUGCCUCAGCCAAUCCGCAGCUGGCUCUCCUGGGGCGAAAGUCCCGCCCCUGGAGAGGGGCCGAGCCUGUCAAUCAAGUAAAGGAAGCCGAAAGAAAGCCGAGCUGGCCGAUUUCCGCUGGGUGUGUUGCUGCAGAAGAUUGCUUGCCUAGAUGAAGCAUCUGACACCCCUCACCCUUCUUGCCUGUGGCUCUUUUAACCCCAUAACAAACAUGCAUAUGCGUCUAUUUGAACUAGCAAGAGAUUACCUUCAUCAAACAGGAAAGUAUCGAGUGAUUGGAGGUAUAAUUUCACCAGUUAAUGAUGACUAUGGAAAGCAAGGUUUGGCAGCAGCAAAGCAUCGAGUAGCCAUGGCUCAACUUGCACUGGAGACCUCCGACUGGAUCAGAGUGGACCCUUGGGAGAGUGAGCAAAGGCAAUGGAGUGAGACUGUAGUGGUUCUCAGGCACCAUUACAAAGAACUGCUUAAAUCACACCAUAUCAAGGAACUGCCCAGAGAAAACAAUUGGCCCAUAGAAAAGGCUGCCGGAGCAUCGUUUGCUUCAUCACUCACAGUUGUCCCCGAGUUAAAACUUCUGUGUGGAGCUGAUGUUCUGAAGACAUUUCAAACACCUAACCUCUGGAAGGAAGAGCACAUUUUAGAAAUAGUGGGAAAAUUUGGGUUGGUUUGUAUUAGCCGCAUUGGCAGCUAUCCUUCUCAGUUUAUCUCUCAGUCAGCACUUUUAAGCAGGUACCAGCACAAUAUCCACUUGGUUAGGGAGUGGGUUCAAAAUGAAAUCAGUGCCACAAACAUAAGGCACGCCUUGCGCAAAGGGCAAAGUGUGAAAUACCUCGUUCCAGAUUCUGUUAUUUCCUAUAUUAAGCAACACAAUAUAUACACGGAUGAGACUGAACGAAGAAAUGAAGGGAAUUUGCUGCAGCCUCUUAAGCGAUAUUGUUCUGUCGUCAGCCCUCUUAAUGACUGAUGGUAAUAUGGGACUUCUCCUCACUUCCGCUAGAAAUCAUGAGUCUGAGUGGGUUUCCACUUUUCCUAUGAUUUUUAGGCAUGGGUCCAAACAGUAUUGCCUUUGCCCCACCUCUUUCCCUCAAAAAAGCCGCUGUUUGGCACGGAAUCAGGGCAAAUGCCAAUUCAGAGAAAACUCGGCUGACAUUUGCCCCAGUUCAGCUGGAAGCAGUGGAUUUUCCUGGGGAAAAGCAGCAGGGCAGGUAGAAGUGUGGUUGAGCCCUAAGUUACCCACUUAUCAGGAUGACAAUCCUAAACAAUAUGCCUGUAAAUGAAAGUAAGCUUGAUUGUGAUAAUACAGGUGGUGAAGAACUGAUGAAUGAACCUAUCUCUGUUCACAAAGGGACUUCCCCACUGACCUUCAGUGUUGGGGACAGUUUUGCACACUUAACAGGGAUGUAGAUCCAGGUCUUUCCUCUUGUUGAAGUGAAUGAAGAAAAGAGUCCUCGUUCCACCUGAUGUUUCUUGCAAGCACUGGAGUCUAUUUAUAGGCACUGGAAAUCUAAAACAAGGACUGCCUGCUGCAUUUGGUUUCUGCCUUGCCAUCUGUUAUGCGAAGAAGUUUAUCAUUUUAAGUAUCACUAUUGACAGUGAAUCAAAACAAGCUCCCAUAUCACGUGGUCCUAAACAAUUCACUUGUAAGUCAGCCCCAUUGAUUUCCGUAAGAUUUACUUCCAGCGUUGUGUGGUGUGGGAUUGUGAUGUUACAAUCAUCUUUUUUUUUUUCUUGGUAGCUCAGCCAAUUGAGCAUAAAACUCUUAAUCUCAGGGUCAUGGGUUUGAGCCCCAUAGUGGGCAAAAUUCAGGGCAUUGGACUCAAUGGCCCUUGUGGUCCUUUCCAACUCUACAAUUCUAUAAUUCUAUGUCUGGACUUUGUUUCAGGUUUUUCUUUUCUUUCUUUUUGGAUGUUGUGAACUAUUUUUGUAAGCCUUUCACCACAUCACAAUGCCACAAUGCUGUCAAUGUCUUUACUGCAAAAUUGUCAAGCUGUUGCCUGUAGUCUCACUUACCAGCACUGGAUUUGCAAGGACGCCUUCCUCCACCCUCACUUCAUAAAUGGACUUAUAAUAUUUCUUGUGAAUUGUAUUUUACCACUGAAGCAUUUGUGUUUCUAAAGACGCAAAGAGAGAAAAUGUAUAUUUUUCUGUAGCUGACAUCUUUACAUCUGUAUGGGUGUUUCACAAGUUCUUCUAAUAAAUUCAGUGGGUGGAAUCUAUAUAAGGUCUUUUAACUCUGCCGUUGUGCUGAAAAAGGUUCCCAGAGUGGCUUACAAAGUUCAGAAAUAACUUGCAAUCCAAUGAACAAGGAUCAGGUGUGAAUUUACAAUCUAAAAUACAUGAC